GCGUCCUGGCACUUGGCCGACAGGUCCAGUUGAGUCAGGCAGGCAUGGGUGAACAAUCCUUCAUAAUCGACCCAGGGCCCCCUCAUUCUGGCCCUUCCAGAUUACAAUGGUUCAAAAACCUCGACAAGCAUGCCCUCCUCACCGGCAAGUGAUCUAGAAACAGGCCCGCAGGCCAUCCAAGUCGUCAUCGAGACACGACCCCCCUCCGACUCGGAAAAGAGUCAGCACGAUGAGGACACACACGGCCGCCUGCAGCAGCUGGGCCUCGCGCCCCGGACCUCUGGCGACCAGCAGGACGGCACGCCCGCGCAGUGGAUGUACGAGCAGACGCCCUACAGCCUGUACAGCCGGUACUCGAGGUGGCGCAAGACGCUCUUUGUGGCCAUUGUCAGCUGGAACGGGCUCAUCUCGCAGGUGUCAAGCACGUCGGUGCUCUCAGCGCUGCCCGAGAUUGCGGACCAGUACGGCACCGAGGGACGGGUGAUUGCCCUGUCGAACGCGCUGUACCUCGUCUUCAUGGGCAUCAGCGUCGCCUUCUGGGGUCCGCUGAGCCAGGUCUACGGACGAAGGUGGACGGGCGUGGUGGCUGUUCUCCUGACGCUGGCGUGCUCGAUUGGCACCGCGCUCUCGCCCACCAUUGCGAGCUUCUUUGCGUUCAGGAUUCUCACGGCCUUUUGUGGCACGGCACCCAUCGUCCUGGGCCCGUCUGUCAUUAGCGAUAUCUACCACCCCACAUCGAGAGGCACCGCGGUCGGCUGGUUCAUGUCGGGCACCCUGAUCGGACCGAGCGUCGGUCCUCUGAUCGGCGGUGUGAUUGUCACUUUCCGCUCCUGGCGCGUCAUCUUCUGGCUGCAGACGGCGCUGGCUGCGGUGGGAGGGCUCGCCAUACUGUUCUUCCUGCCAGAGACCUCGCAGAACAUGAGGUACGAGGAGAUGAGAGAGCUGCCGCUGGGCAAGCGCGUGGUCAGGCUAUGGGGCCACCUGAACCCCAUCAAGGUGAUCUGGCUGGUGAUCCGCUACCCGAAUCUGGCGUUGGCGGCUUAUGCAAGCGGGAGCAUCAUGUUCAACAUGUUUGGGAUGCUGACACCCAUCCGCUACGUGCUCAACCCUCGCUUCGCGCUGACGUCGCCCGCCGAGUCUGGGCUAUUCUACCUGGCACCUGGCAUCGGGUACCUCACGGGUACUUUCUUUGGUGGACGAUGGGCCGACCGGGUGGUGCGUCGGUGGAUCGAGAGGCGCCAUGGGAACCGCGUGCCCGAAGAUCGCCUGCGCUCAUGUCUCCUCGCCUUGGGCGUCACUCUGCCAGGCUGCAUGCUCGUGUACGGAUGGACAGUCGACAGAGCGGUGGGCGGCAUCGCGGUGCCCGUGAUCGCCAUGUUCCUAGGCGGCGUAUCCCAGCUGUUCUGUUUCCCGAGUCUGAACACGUACUGCCUUGACGUGAUCAGUGGGCGUGGCUCGGAGGUCAUGGCGGGCCACCUGAUGGUGCGAUACUUCUUUGGCGCGGGUGCGUCGGCGUUGGUUCUGCCUGCGGUGAAGAGCAUUGGCGUUGGCUGGUUUAGCACGAUUGCGGCUGGGCAGAUGGUACUGGGCGCGGUGGCUCUGCUGUUUGUGACCAUGUAUGGACGCGAGUGGCGGGUGAAGCUCAUGGCGCGAGAGGGAGCAUGCUAGAUCCUGGUGCGUCUAGAUACGCCGGGCUGCCGGGAGCGUUCGGCCGGGCGUGACGAUGAUCGCAAUGUGACAGACGCAGCUCGGGCUUGGAGGGCCGUAGGGCAGCCCAACCUUAAUAGGUUGGUGGCGGCCAACCCCAGGUUCCCCGGACUGUAUUUGUUGGAAGCCGCACCUAGUGCAGUGGCUUUCACGACUCCACGUGGAUGUUUAUACAGA